AUGCGUUCAUUGGGAGCUGUGAGUGUUGCGGUGCACGCAUCCCUGCUGGUGCUGCUGGCUCACGGGAUCCAACCCACGGAUGAUGGAGUUUCCACCAGGAUGCUGCCUCGUCCUGCCCUCAUGGACCGCUCAGGCGGGUAUCACCUGCCCACAUACAUGAUGCACCUUUACAGGAAUUACAGAUCAAACUUCUCCAGGCCUGUGGACAGUAUGGAGCGGGAGGCAGCGAAUAAAGCGGAUACGGUGAAGAGCAUCCUGGCGAGAAAUUUGACGCACAGACACAGGCACUGGGUAGUGACCUUUGACCUAUAUGCCUUGCUGGCUGACAAAAACAUCCAGGCAGCAGAGCUGAGAAUCAGGCUUCUUCAGAAACAAAGUGCAUCCAACAUCACCGUGGAGGUGUAUCACCAGGAGCGGGACCUAGUGGGAUUUCUCACUGAAUCGUCACUGGUCACCUCGUCACAAAGCUGGAAAGUCUUCAACAUGACAAGUCCUCUUUUGGACUGGCUCAGGCAAAAAUCGAUGGCAAGAGUUAGACACAAAAGGGCAGUGGGACAAAGGAAAAUGAGGAAAACAAAGAGAGGCCUUCUGUCUAUUCUCGAUCAGCCUGUUUAUGUUGCAAGCUCAAGGAGGGAACAGGACACGAGUGACCAGGCCCUGUUGGUCGUCUUCUCACACACAGGGUCUGAUGAAAACUCAAAGGCUAAAGCAAGCUUGCUUCAUACAGCUGAACAAUCUAAGUUCUUGUCCCCUGCUGAAAUCAAAAGGGCCCACUGGCCAAAGAGGCGUAGGAGCAAACGGGGCCAGAGAGAACAAACAGUGAGAAGCCUGCAGGUGCUCAAGAGAGGGGGUGAGAACUCUCUCUGCCGCAGAGUGGACCUGAAUGUCGACUUUAAUCAAAUUGGCUGGGGAUCCUGGAUUAUCUUCCCUAAAAGAUACAAUGCUUACCGCUGUGAAGGUUCCUGCCCUGGUCCUCUGGGAGAAGGCCUAAAUCCAACCAACCAUGCUUACAUGCAGAGUCUACUGAAACAUUACAAACCUGAUCGCGUGGCACUACCAUGUUGUGCCCCAACCAAAAUGAGCCCUUUGAGCAUGCUAUACUAUGAGAAUGGAGAAAUGCUUCUACGGCACCAUGAAGACAUGAUCGUGGAUGAGUGUGGAUGCCAGUAAAACAGCCAUAACCACCUCCAAGCACGAACUAUGUUGCAGAGUGGUACAACAACACGGACAGUGCUGUGAAGAUGCAGAGAGACUUCUGAAAAAGAAAAGAAAACCACUUAGCAAGAAUGAAAAAAGCUCUUUGAUUUUUGUCACCGUGCACUGACAGAUUGCAUCUGGUCAGUAUGCAGAGACAUGACUUUAAU